AUGCCUGGCUCCAGCUCCGCCUCCACGAACACACAAACACCCCUUUGCUUCGAAAUUGGGGGCCAAGAUCUCCUCAACACGACCUUCACCGCUCCUGACGGCACACGCUUUGACAUCUCCACUGCACCCGUCUCUGGGGGCUCCGCGACAAUGAGCAAACGCACAGAGGUGGGCCGUCGGCGCGAGACAAUCGAAAGCCUCCAUGGCGUCGGUCGCAUCGACUGGCCUAUCGAUGAGGCGAACCUCACGAUGACGGUUGGCUGGCGGGUGGUGAACAUGAUACGCACAGGGACGUUUACGAGCUCAGAGAAGUUUAUUGCGAACGACGGGAAGUGGUACGAGUGGCAGAUACACAAUGGCGUUCCGAAGCUCUUUCUGCUGAAUACCGCAUCCCUCCCCUUCGAAAUUGCAUGUCUCUCUACCCCACACCGCUCAUGGUGGCAACGCUCUUCCACGGCGCGCGCGUCGCUCGUCGUCCAGCCUGAGGGCACGGGCAACAUCCUCGACGACAUCGUCGUCACCUUCAUCUGCUUCGUCACGCGCUGGCGCCUUCGCGAACGGCGACGGCGGUCGAGCAAUGGCGGCGUUGUCAUUGGUUAUUCGGCACCGACUGGUGCGCCGUGA